CAAGGUUUGAUGAUAGAAUAGAAUAGAAUAGAAGAAGCGAGUAAGCCAUUGAAGUUGCAGAAGACGCAACAAUGGAGGCUACUACACAAUCCACUUCGUUAAGACCAUAUUGCCCUUUAUGCUGCCGACUCUCACGCCCCUUCUCCCUCUCCUUAUCUUCAUGCUCUUCUCUUGUUUCCCUUACUCCCCACAGAAGAAAAAUCAAGGCAAUUCAGAUUGCUAGCAAUGGCCUUCGAAAUAGCACUAUGCAUAGUAAUUGUGUUAGAGCAGAUUUAUUGUGUACAAAGUUGACAUCUUUGGGGUUAAAUGAACACAGUAACACUGGAUAUAAACAUAAUUUCCCAUACAAGAAUCCGGUUCGCGUUACACUUAUGAAGUUUUCAAAUGCAUCAGCUAGCAUGUUAGAGGAAAUGAUGGUGGAGGAAGAGGUGAAUUCUUCGCAUUCCUCUGAAAUGCAAGUUAGGAAGGUGGAUGUCGCUCCUUGUAAUCCUGAACUUUCCACAACAGCCACUGAAAGAAAAUUGGCUGGUGGUGAUAAUAGAGGAUGGACUUUAGCAAAAAAUAAGUUAGCUGAAGGUAAGAAGGAAAUGAACGGCACAAACAGAUACGAGAGGAAAAGUAACGGCUCUCAUGUGUCUAAUAGAUUUGCUUCCAUUGGUCGGAGACAAGGUUCUUCUACGGAUGUUGUUAGCAAUCUUGUACGGCAAGGUCAUGGUGAACAUGUCUCAUCUUCUGUUCAAUAUUCUGUAUUAAACAAUUCAAAGAUGUUUACAGAUUCUGAAACUGUGGUCCAUCAGUUUAACGAAUCUGCAUUGGAGAUCAGUGAAGAGAAAAUUACUAAAGUUAACGGUGAUGAUGUUUCGGAGGAAACUGCAAUGGACUCAACUGAUGUGACGUUUGAUAGAAAGGCUCGUCGUACCGACCAGUCAAAACUUCGGGACAGACUCUGUCGUAUCUAUGAAGAUAUUCUGGUGGUUGAUAAUAUUCCUCUCGCAGAGGAGGUUGUUAAGAUGAUCACUGUAAAAUACCGGCAUCUUAUUUAUGCAUGUGAUACCGAGGUAGCCAAGAUAGAUGUCAAACAAGAAACACCUGUAGAUCAUGGGGAGAUAACAUGCUUCAGCAUUUAUGGUGGUCCAGACGCAGAUUUUGGAGGUGGAAAAUCUUGUAUCUGGGUAGAUGUGCUUGAUGGUGGAGGCAAAGAGAUUUUAGAAAAAUUUGCUAACUUUUUCAGCGAUCCUUCGAUCAUGAAGGUCUGGCAUAAUUAUAGCUUUGACUGUCAUGUUAUAGAGAACUAUGGAUUCAAGGUUUCUGGUUUUCAUGCUGAUACAAUGCACAUGGCACGGUUAUGGGAUUCAUCAAGACAAUUAAAUGGGGGUUAUUCUCUUGAAAAACUAUCAGGCGACAAAAAGGUCAUGUCAAGGUCUCAGUUUAACCAUGAAGAGGAUUUGAUCGGUAAAGUGUCAAUGAAAACGCUAUUUGGUAAGAAAAAGGUGAAAAAAGAUGGAUCCGAGGGUAAAAUUAUUACCAUUGCUCCUGUUGAAGAUCUGCAGAGAGAUGAGCGCAUACCUUGGAUAUGUUAUUCUGCUUUAGAUGCUAAAAGCACUUUGAAUUUGUAUGAGAGCCUAAAGAGCUAUCUGUUAGACAUGCCGUGGAAUUUUGAUGGUGUACCAGUUUCUGGGAAAACCAUGUAUGACUUCUACAAUGAAUAUUGGCGCCCAUUUGGGGAGAUUCUAGUCCGAAUGGAAUCUGAGGGAAUGCUAGUUGAUCGGGAAUAUCUUGAAGGCAUAGAAAAGGUUGCCAAAGUAGAGCAAGAGGUAGCUGUUGAUAGAUUCCGGAAAUGGGCAUGUAGGUAUUGUCCCGAUGCCAAGUAUAUGAAUGUCGGAAGCGAUUUACAGUUGCGCCAGCUGCUUUUUGGCGGUACCUUGAACAGAAAAGACUCCAAUCUAGCACUUCCAACUGAGAGAAUAUUCAAAGUUCCCAAUGUUGAUGAAGUGAUUGAAGAAGGAAAGAAGGCUCCCAAAAAAUUUCGUGAUAUGAAGGUGAAGAGCCUAGGUUAUACCUUGAAGACAGAAAUGUACACAGCCAGUGGUUGGCCAUCAGUUAGUGGUGAUGCUUUAAAGGUUCUGGCUGGAAACAUUUCGUCUGAUUUUGACUUUACUGAUGAGAUUUAUAACUUAGAUGAUGAUCAUGAUGACGGCGAUGAACAUGGAAAUCUUUCUCAAAAUCAUAUUGAGGUUUCAAAAGUUGAUAAUUCUGCAUAUGGAACAGCCUUUUCUGCUUUUCCAACGGAGAAAGAAGGGAGAGAAGCUUGCCAUGCAAUUGCUGCUUUAUGUGAAGUCAGUUCAAUCAACUCUCUGAUUUCGAAUUUCAUUCUACCCCUGCAGGGACAUAAUAUAUCAGGAAAGGAUAACCGUGUUCACUGCUCCUUAAAUAUCAACACAGAGACAGGACGCUUGUCAGCUAGACGGCCAAAUCUGCAGAAUCAACCUGCUUUGGAAAAAGACCGAUACAAAAUCCGUCAAGCAUUCAUCGCUGCGCCUGGGAAUUCUCUUAUAGUUGCUGAUUAUGGACAGCUUGAACUUAGGAUUCUGGCGCAUCUUGCCAACUGUAAGAGCAUGAUGGAAGCUUUUAAAGCCGGUGGAGAUUUCCAUUCAAGGACUGCAAUGAAUAUGUAUCCAUAUAUUCGUGAAGCAGUUGAGAAAAAGGAAGUGCUUCUUGAGUGGCACCCUCAGCCUGGAGAAGAUAAACCCCCAGUGCCUCUAUUGAAGGAUGCAUUUGGUUCUGAAAGGCGAAAAGCUAAAAUGCUUAACUUCUCAAUUGCAUAUGGGAAGACACCAGUAGGACUUUCUAAGGAUUGGAGGGUUACUGUGAAAGAAGCUAAGAAAACAGUUGACCUUUGGUACAACGAUAGAAAAGAAGUUUUGCAAUGGCAAGAGGAGCGUAAAAAAGAGGCCCGUGAGUACCAUUGUGUCUACACAUUACUAGGGCGAGCCCGGCGGUUCCCUUUGAUGGCCCAAGCUAAUACUUACCAGAAAGGUCACAUUGAACGAGCUGCUAUUAAUACUCCAGUGCAGGGUAGUGCUGCUGAUGUUGCCAUGUGUGCUAUGAUACAAAUUUCAAAUAAUAAAAAGUUGAAGGAGCUUGGGUGGAAGUUACUUCUACAGGUUCAUGAUGAAGUCAUAUUGGAAGGACCGACAGAGUCGGCUGAGGUUGCAAAGUCCAUAGUUGUUGAGUGCAUGUCCAAACCCUUUUAUGGCAAGAAUAUUCUUAAAGUUGAUCUCUCUGUUGAUGCUAAGUGUGCUCAAAAUUGGUACUCUGCAAAAUAGGUAUACUACAUAACUGCAUUUGGUAGAUGUUUAUACAUUCAGAUAGCUUUGGAUGCACGGUUCCGUUCGUGAUUGCAAUCACAAGAGGCUGCUACUCUGGUGCUUCUAUUUUUAAGGCAGAAAAAAAUAUCAAUGCCUUAAAUUGUAUUAUUUCUAUAGAGGUUUGGGAUGUCCUUGUAGUUUUUGCACUGCUAUGUUUUGGUAAUAUUAAAGCCUAUCACUCUUUAACUUAGGACGAAGCAAAAGGCGAAAACCAGUGGCCUAGGCUUUUUACUGAUUUAGAUGAUAGGGUUCCUUUUUUGAAUGUGUAUCUAAUUUUCAUGUCUUGCAUCAUGUACCGAUAUGGUCUUUUUGCUUGAUGCAAAGUAUGUAAGUAUGACUCUUGGUUGAAAACAUGUAUAACAUUUUGUUGCAGCACUUUGCACAUACAUAUUGAUUAGUAACUAGUGACUAUUUAGAGUGUUUGGAAGA